AGUUUUUCAUCAUUGCUGUGAGUCAAUACUUGUAAUCUUCAUCAGAAACUGCAAUUUAAUCAAUUAGUAAUAAAGAAGAAUAAUUAGGAGAAAAUGUCGAAUUUAAAAAUGAAAGAGGCAGCCCUCAUCUAUCUUGACAGAAGUGGAGCUCUCCAAAAGUUUAUAGAUGAUUGCAAUUAUUACAAUGAUUCAAAACAAAGUUAUGCUGUAUAUCGAUUCAAUAUUUUAAUAAAUCCCUCUGAUGUUCUUGAAUUAGAUGCUGAACUUGGAAAUCACAUUUUACACCAUCCAUUAAAAGCUGCUCAAGUUUUUCAAUCAGUCUGUUUUAUUGCUGUUAAGACUCUCUCAUUAAUUGGACAAUUACAGACUGAAACGCAAAUUAAUAUAGUGCUGAAAUUAACACAUUUACCUCCUCUGCCAAGUUAUGCUCUUGAUCUUUGUGAAUUUCCACUUGAUUAUACAUCUCAAAGAUUUUAUAUGAUGCAAGGAAUAGUGAUUGCAAUGACAACUGUAACCAAGUAUACACAAGGUGCAAGAUUCCUUUGCUCAGAUGAAGUAUGCCCCCUUUCAAAAGGAUUUCAGUAUAUAAGAGUGCACAUGCCUGGUGCUACCGAAUCUGCAACAGUAAGAAAUGACUUUUUGUGUAAUCUAUGUUCAUCUUCACUUCAAGAAGACAGAAAAUUUAGAGUUCUUGGUGAUAAACAGGUAAUUGAAAUAAUUACCACAAAAGCACUUCACGCUUUUCAAGGACAUCCUAAAAAUCAGCCCUUUCGGUUUCAAUCUUUUACAGUCUUCCUAAGAGAUGAAUUAGUAAAUAAAAUGGAUAUAGGAAAUGAGUAUAAAAUUAUUGGAAUUCCAGCGUGUGUCAAAAGUUCACAAACAGCUGUCUGCAUAGAAGCAAAUAGCAUCACUUUUUGCAAUCCAAAAGUUUCUUCAGGAAUUAGUGACAACUUCAAUUGUCUCCUCUCCUUGACUUCUGGUUCAUGCUGGAAAUUUACAGCAAUACUUGCCAAUAUCUUCGCAUCACAAAUUGUUCCUCCUGGGACUUAUAAUUUGUUGAAGCUAUGUUUGUUGAUGAGUCUAGUACAGACAAGUGAUUGUAAGAAGGAACUAGAAAAUUGCCUGGAUAUUUUAAUUAUAACAAGUGAUACUCUUCUUGUAGACAGACUUUUGAAUUUUAGCAUAAGCCUUGUUCCUCGUGGUAUACAUCAUCCAGUCUCUACUGAAAUUUUUCCUACUCUAUCCAGAGAUAAAUAUGGAACUGGAGCAGUUAGCAUUCAAGCUGGCAGUGCUUUGCUAGCUAAAGGUGGUAUCUGCUUUAUAGGAGACUUGUGCUCACACAAAAAAGAUAAACUUGAACAACUUCAGUCAGUUCUGGAGAGCAGAAGCAUUACAGUAUACAUCCCAGGAAAGAAGUUUGGGGAUGAUAUAGAUCAACAAAUGACUUUUCCAGUUCAGUGCAGUUUUUGGUCUUUUGUUGAUAUGGAUUCACCUUCAAAGAGAAAUGCACAGAAAACCAACACUCUAAUUGGUCAGAUGAACUUCAGUUUAAUUCCAGCUAACUUUGUGGAAGCAUUUGGAUUACUGAUUAACUGCAAUGAAUCUUCUCCUUGCCACCCACUUCUUCCAACUGUGCAACACACCUUAAAGAAAGCCACUGAUCCUGAAGGGCUACUUAACUUAGCUUCUCAACAGUUCACUACAGAAGAUUUUGAAAAGCUACUGGCUUUUGCAAAGAAUUUGAAUGUAGAAUUCAGCUUGGAGGCAGAAAGAAUGAUUCAUGGUUAUUAUCUAGCAAGUCGUAGAAUCAGAACAGAUUCUAUAUAUGGAUCAAAACUGUCAGCAUCUGCAUUAAAAUACUUGGUUUCUUUAUCUGAAGCCCAUACAAGGUUAAAUUUAAGGAAUAAAGUGCUCAAAGAAGAUGUACUAAUUGCAGCCUUGUUAUUUGAAAUAUCUCUCACACUGAAAUAUGGAGCCACUGCAUUUGGUGUUGCUCCAAAUGCAGUAUUUCCAUUUGAACUGUAUAAUGAAGAAUACUUAGAACAAAGGGAUCUCUAUCUGAAUGAGUGCCAACAACAGCUUCAACAGUUCAUUGCCACAUAUGGACUUGGAACUAUUUUUUCUAGUGAUGAGUAAGCAACGUGAGGAAAAUUUUUCACUCCUAAAUAAUAGGAAAAAGUACAUCUGAGUGGUUUUUCAAGUAAUGCUUCAAAUAAUACUAUCUACAGGAGUACAUUAUAAUACCAUUUU